AUGUCUAACCAAUUCGCACCUUUGAAGAACGAUCUUCUACUCCGGGCGGCUAGAGCUGGCCGUUACCUACCCGAAUAUCAUGAGGCCAAAGGAGACAGAGAUUUCUUCGAGUGCUGCCGCUCACCAGAAGUUGCAUCAACAUUGACCCUGCAGCCCAUUGAGCGCUAUGCAGGGCUCAUUGAUGCUGCCAUCAUCUUCUCUGAUAUCCUCGUCAUCCCCCAAGCAAUGGGCAUGGAAGUCGAGAUGAUUGAUAAGAAGGGUCCUUCAUUCCCAUCUCCGCUACGGACACCUGAGGACGAGCAGUACACACAGGUCCUGAACCGAACGGUCGACGUGACGACGGAACUGGACUACGUUUAUAAAGCUAUUACUCUUACAAGGCAGAAGCUGGAAGGCAGGGUACCCCUUAUCGGAUUUGUCGGUGCCCCAUGGACGCUGUUAUGCUACAUGGUUGAAGGAGGCGGAAGCAAGAUGUUUGCAGCCAUCAAGACAUGGAUAUACAAAUAUCCCGAUGCAUCAAAGAAAUUGCUGCAGAAGAUCUCGGAAGUGUGUGUCGAGCAUCUCGCGCAGCAGGUCAAGGCUGGAGCACAGAUGAUUCAAGUGUUUGACUCGUGGGCUGGAGAACUUAGUCCACGGUCCUUUGCUGAGUUUUCGCUGCCAUACCUACGAUAUGUCUCUGCCAAUCUGCCCAAAAGGCUGCAAGAGCUGGGCCUGGAAGCUGUGCCCAUGACUGUUUUUGCAAAGGGGGCCUGGUAUGCGCUGGACGAACUGUGUGAGUCUGGAUAUAAUGUCGUGGGGCUGGAUUGGCAGCAUGAUGCCGCCAAGGCACGAGCGGUUGCGAAUGGAAGAGUGGUUCUCCAGGGCAAUGCGGACCCGGGAUGCCUGUAUGGUACAAGGGAAGGGAUAACGGCUGUUGUGGAGGAGAUGGUGAAGAGUUUCGGAGGCGGGAAGCAAGGUUGGAUUGCCAAUCUGGGACACGGAGUUACACCCUUUGUCAAGCCGGAUGAUUUGAAGUUCUACUUUGAGGAGAUACAUCGACUAACCGCUGCUUAA